UACCUGGCGACGAACCUCUUAUGUUUCGUGGUGGGCUUAUUUAGCUACAAUUUCUACAGCCCAGCCGUAAUUUGUUCCCUGACAAGAUGUCUUUCCAAGAAGAGGAGUCCUCGGAUGUCGCACUACCUGGUCAAUCAAAGUUGGAGAGCUUCUUGUUCAGUUGCGAGCUGUCCUCUAAAGUACCUUUCUACACUUUUCAAGGGGAUGAAGAAGAGGAGGAUCUGGAGCAUUUCCUUGAACUCAGAACAGUGUGUCUCGGAGAAGGUGCUAAGGAGGAGAGCAAUGUGGUGGAGGUCACGGCCAUGAACCACCAAGGAAAGACCAUCUCAGUACCCAUUGCCAACCUUCACAUCAGCUGUCUGCCCAUGGUGAGUUUGGGAGAGUUUGAGCUGAAAGCCCCAGUGACCAUCCGGCUGAAGGCAGGCACGGGUCCAGUGACUGUCAGUGGGCUUCAUCUCAUUGCCUCACAGAUGGAAGAGUCAGAUCUUUCAGAUGAGGAUGAAGACGAGGAGGAAGAUGAGGAGGAAGAAAUCAGCCCCAUUAAACCAGCAAAGAAGAAACAGCAGCUGUAGGCCGAGAGGUCACCAACUUCUGGAAGAACAUGUUUUAAGCUAUAUCAAUCGUUUUGUACCGGGAAAAAACACAUUUUACAAAGCUCUUACUUCUUCCACACCACCAGUUGAAUGGUCAGUGUGGUGGCAGCUGAACCUGCAGAUGGGGGAAGAAUUUCACCUCUUACAGCAAGCAUUCGGUCUUGACAAUGUGUUAACUGGGAGAAGACAUUCGAUUAAAGAACUGUUUUUGCUGUUAAAUUCUCCCCAGUGUUUUAUACUGUAUAUACAGGCACCACCAACAUGAAUUUAUUACACUGAUGGUGGAAAACUGCCUUUUACCAUCAGGGGUUUUUGGUAUUGUUUAACAAUACUCUUCUUGUAAUAGUACGAAACAUUUUGUCUAUUUGUGUCCAGGGGUUAAAAAAAAAAAAAAAAGAAUGGUUUGGAUGAUUUGCACACUUA